AAUGAUCUGUCUGUCUCUCUCUGUCUUGUAGUUGUGCCGUUCUGGGCUCGAGGCAGCGGGCUCCAGGGCCUCUGUGGUGCUCCUGAUGCCCCUCUCCCACUAACGAAGAUCCCGGGUGGGCGAGGGACAGGCAGGGAUCUCCCUCACAGCGUACUGCACAAGGACGAAAAGUUGACGGUGACCCAGGCGGGGUCGGUAAGCGGCGCGCCCCCUGUCCUGCACUUCCAGUACCAGUUAAGCGAGCGACGGUUCUCCUGCUGGGACACGGUUCUGUCGGACGAUGCACUCUACCUGGAAAUCCCCGCUGGAGCUCUUCACAAUGGCAGCAGAGAAGGUUUCACCAGGCUGCUGGAGUUUGCAGAGGAGCAGUUGAAAGUCAGCUACGUGUUCCUGUGGCUUCAGAAAAACAGAGACAAUCGAUUGUCCAUCAUGAAGACCUUCCACUACAUGGGUUUUGAAGUGGUAAAACCAGGUCAUCCACUGGUGCCGCCCCGGCCUGAUCUUCUCUUUAUGGUCUAUUCCAUAGACAGCAGCAGUUCUGAUGAAGAGUGACCAUCACACUCUCACUCACUCUUAAAAUGCCCCCACCUCUUCCUCCCCCUCUAUACCUCUGCAUUAGUGACUUUUAAGACAGGGGGAGGAGCGAAGCUGGGCCAACUAACACUCUGAUUGGUUCAGUUUCCAUUAUUAUCCCACCGAUCGGUUCUGAUUGGUCGUUCCAUCAGCCGGAGGUGGGUUGGUGCUAAAGCAGAAAUCCAGCAUAUCCUCUCUGUUAAUUCACAGCAUAUAUCAAACUGUCUAUACUGUUGUGUACACUAUAACAUUCAGAACAGGAUACAGAUCGCAGACAUAGUCGUGAUACUUUUUACAGAAGGGAAUGCAUUUGUAACCGGUUGUAGACUGUCUUGACAGUCUUCUCUGAUCUGGUUUGACUCUUCUUUAGACGUUUCAUCUGAAACUUUCACUUGUUAAUUAUUCAAUGAUCUCAUAGGAAACAAGCUGAAUAGCUCUUAGUAACUAAGACUCACUUCAACAGCAACAUCUAAUGAGUGUUUUCGUCCUUCAAACACUCAUUAUGAUUUAUGCUGUGCUCCAUUCAACUGAGAACUUUCGAAUUUCUAACUUCCUAUAUAGAAAAGUGCAAUAGAAUGCACUUGAAGUUGGACUUCAGACUUUUAUGAAAACUGCAAUUUCAGUCACAGGAACUGGGGAGAUGUGCACAGCUCACUGUUGACGAUCACACAUCUGCACAUUACCAUUUUAUAUACAUCAUCCAAACGUCAUGCAAUAAAUUGUUUAAGCAUAAAAAUAUCUUUCAAUAUUGGAUGGAACGCAGCAUUGUAGUGUACGUUCAUCAAAACAGUGCAUCAUUCCAGACCCCAACAAGGCACUUGAGUGUAAAUUUAGAUUGAGUUUAGUUGAAUUUUUCUGAGUCUGGUUGUGAGGUUUGCUUUUCAAGAAUUCAUUGAGUAGAAGUUGUUCAAUCAGGCCUGUUGCUUUUACUCUUUAAAACAAAGCCAGGCCUGAAAACUUCUAGAUGCAUGAGUAUGUUUGUGAUGAAAUCAUUCUAGUUUUAAAAAUCAUGAAGGUCCUUAUUUUUAUCUAGGGAGAUGCACAGGUCUACUGCGCGAGUCCAUCACAACUUUUGUCUUCGCCAUCCCAAACCAACAGGAAACAUGAGAGCAAACCAACCCCACCCUCUGCCCCUCAGGGGCUUUAACACAAGCACUUUAGUAAAAAACAUAAGCAAUUCAGCCCAUGGUGCAUUGCACAUCUGUUACAGAGAUGUGCAUUGAGCCGUCACGAUGUCUUGCAGUGUUUAGUGAACUUGACACACUUGCCAAAGAUAAUGGUCUCCAUUCAAAGAGAACGCCUGAAGUUUCAUUCAGAUAAGACUGGUGAACCUACCGUAGAAGCACCUUCAGAUAGCAGGCUCGGUCCCGGCGCAGUCAGGUAUAACAUGCAAAAACAUUCCCUGAAACGGAAACCUCUGUUUCUUUGAUUCUUGGUCAUCUCUGUGGAAAUUAGGUGCAAUGAAUCCAGUUCUGUAUACUUCUCAGCAGGGUGGCCUUUAGGUUUUGCAUGUGUAAAUAGAUCUCACCUUUCCUCAUGGGCUGUGACAAUAAGCUUUUAGAGAAUGUUUUUUGUUCAUCCACUUAAAUUGUAUUUUUAUCUAUAUGAUUUAUUUUGUCUAUACCGAUUGAUUUUUUUGUAGUGUAGAAUUUAGAGUAAAUCAGAUAUCAUUUAAUGACAAUCUACACUUGUAUACCUUGAACUUAUUCUUUAUGUCCAAAUAAAACACGUGACAAAACAAAA